CAGCUCCGUACUUCGUUGCCUAUGCUUUGCCUAUUACUCAUCAUGCUUCGAAGUUAAAAAGACGUGUUAUUUGUUUUAUCCUGUGCUAUUAUUUGCGUUAAGAUGGGUUUCUAAGCUCUUAAAAACUUCUUGCACACCAGCGUGUGCCUUCACAUCGUAAUAAAAAUGCUUGCCAAAAUGGCGCCCCCUAGGGACUACUUUGUCCUUCGACAAUUAUCACCAUCUCCAUCGGACUACCACCAUCUGUAUCCACUUGUAUUUAUUCCUUUGAGUACCAGCAAGAUCAACAACGCUGAGGAUGAGUACAAGCGCAUGGGAUUGGUCGCUGGCUUCGGCCGACGGCCUGCUCACUAAUGAAGAAUGCUCUAUGCUGCUCGAUGUCGAUCUUUUCAACACUGAUGAUGAUUUAAUUAAGACAUUCCCGAGCGCUGCACUGAAGGUCGAAUUGGACAAGUUCCACUAUCAAGAGGACGGCACCAACAACUUGUACCCGCCCUCGCCGGCUGAGACCAAGCCCUCGCGCGCCGACCUCGCACAAGAUCUUCUGCAGCAGCUUGACAAUAACUACAAACAAGAAAACAUAUUCCCGCCAUGGCUAGAAGAGAAGGUAGAGCUCCCCAUCUUCGAAAAUAUCAACCAAGUGCCCGAACGUGUAGAGGUCCCGAUCCCAGCCGCGCUGGUGCCGCCCGUGGCAGCUUACGACCGGCCGCACGUGGUGCCCCAGCCCACGGAGGAUCUCCUGCGCGAGUUCGAAUCCGUAUACGGCGCCGUGGAACUGACCCACCUCACGCCGCCGCAGAGUCCGCCUGGCCCCGCCACGCAGCUGCUGCUGAGCUACGCACAACAAGCUCAGUACGCGCCGCUCGCCCCCGCGCCCUCCUUGCAGGCCCCGCAGGAGCAGUGGCCCGUCGCCCACGUGUCCUCAACAGUGGCAGCCGAGUACGACUGCGACCUCCAGGCCGUAGAGGAUCUGGUUCGUCACCGCGCCGCUCAGUUGGCAUCGCCGCAGCCGUCGGGCGGCAGCGCUUUCACCUCCCCGCGUUCCUCGCCGCCUUCCUCGCCGCGCUCCUCGUCCACCGACGAAGAUUGGUCCGCGCCCUCUCGCCCCAAACCUUAUUCGAGAAACGUAGACGACCGUCGUUCUCGUAAGAAGGAGCAGAAUAAGAACGCAGCGACCCGCUACCGUCAGAAGAAAAAGGCGGAGAUCGAAGUCCUGCUCAACGAGGAGCAGAACUUGCGCAAGCGUCACACCGAGCUCGGCGAAAAGUGCUCAGAUCUCCAGCGCGAGAUUCGCUACAUCAAGGGGCUUAUGCGCGACCUUCUCAAGGCUAAAGGCCUAAUAAAAUAAAACGUAUCCCUCCCUCAAGUUACAAGUGAAACAUAACCGUACCGCGCGAAAGAUGCGCCGGUCUAUCGAAUUCUGCUCAACCCGAGGUUUAGGAGCUCUACAAAUUUUGAUGUUUAAUUUCUGUUAAGCUAGAUAAGUCUAGUUCAUAUCUCGAAUAGGAUUAACAGUUUCGCAUCGAGCAGCGUACGCGCACGUCAUCAGUCGAGGGACAGAACAUCUCCAUAUAACACCUAAGCUAAGAUCACAUAGGUGGCAUUAAUUCUUCAUCUUUCAUUUUAAUUUCGUUUAGAGGAUAGGUCGUAUUCAUUGCGAUGAAAAUGGGAAUACAAAUCAUAAAUGAAAUUUAACUAUUUUGUAAAAAUCAAUAUCAUUUUGUAAAAAAAAAUAUCACAUAUUUUAAAUGAAUUUUAAAUGACCAAUUGGAAACUGUUCUCUUUUCAUGCAAUAUAUGGAAUGCGACGGCGGAA